GCUUGCUCCUUGCCAGUCAAGAAGCAGAGAGAAGGGGCAGGGAGGGGCACAGGGCCUGCUAUCCUCUUCAAUGUUGUGGAGGCCGGAAGCUCAGAAGCAAGUGCCAAAUGGCUCUGCUACAGGAAUAGGGUGCCCUCUGAGGUCACCUCAGUGACAGUGUCUCCAGGGACCUCUGCACCACACCAACUACCCAUGAGCCACUGCCUCCUGUGAACCCUGACCCAGACUGAAGCCACCCAACGUGUCACAGGACAUCACCCCAUGAUGACAACCAAGAACAUUGCCCCAGCCUCAAAGCCAGUGACCUACGUUCUGCUCCAGACAUCUUCAGAAGGCCCCAAAGCCACCAACAAAUCCUCCAAGACCAACAAGUCCAGGGGGUCCUUCCUCAAGACACCGGACUCGGUCAGAAAACUGUCCAAGCAGCUCCCAGGGAACUGUGAGAACUUCUUUCCUGAGGCUAAAAACGUCUACUGCCUAGACAUAUGUCCCUUUGUAGCAGGGAAGAUUCUGGACCCAGAGCCACAGCCACACAUCCCUAUCCCUGCGGCCACAGAAACCUAUAUCCCUGAAAAUGCCACAGCUAGGCUUCAACUGAUGGAUCAGGCAUAUGGGUUCAGAAAGAACAUCAACCCAGUCUUGUACCCUCCUAGGAAUGCACCCACUGUAUCAGCCAUGAAUACACCCUCUGCAGAUGCCAUGAAGGUAUCCUCUAUAUCAGUCAUGAAGGCAGCAUCCUCUGCAGAUGCCGUGAAGGUACCCUCUGCAUCAGUCAUGAAGACACCCUCUGCAGAUGUCAUGAAGGUACCCUCUAUAGUAAUUAUGAAGCCACCCUCUACAGAUGUCAUUAAAUAUGUAUCCUCUACAGAAAUUGUAAAGGCACCCCAUUUAGUGGCCUCAAAACAACUCUUUACAUGGGUGACAAAGCCAAGGACCAAGAACCAACCUAAGAAUCAAAAGAAGCAAGACAAGGAAAAACACUUACUCUCUCUUGACCUGGUGCUUGUCAACCGAAACCGCUUAACUCCAGCUAUCCAACAUUUACCUAUUCCAGAGGCCACAAAGGUCAUAAUCAGGAACCCAUGUAAUUUAUUGAACUACCAUCCAAUAAACAUCUGACUGCAGUUUCUGUCCCCUACAUUGAGGCCAGUGCUCCCAAGCUGCAUGGGUUGUGCACUGUGCAAGGUCAGCCCGCAUCUAUCUACAGGAGUGUUGCCAUGGAUCUGUGUCUUUGCUUUGACAGAUCCAGCAGAUGGCAGUAAUGUGUCUUGGAGAACCAGAGGCUUCUAAAGAUUAAAGAAAAACAUCAAAAGAGCUAGUGAUGUCCUGGAGCUGCAGCUCAGUUUGCAGAAUAAUUGUCUAAUAUGCAUGAAGCCCUGAGUUCAAGACCCAGAAACCACAUAAACUGCGAGAUGACAUGUGUCUGUAUUCACAGCAUUUGAGAGGCAAAAGGAGAAGAAUCAAAAGUUCAAGAUAAUCCUUGGCUACAUAAGAGUUUCUGAGGUCAACCAUGGUUCAAGGUGUGGUGAUAUAUUGUGUACCCUAAUAAACUUGCCUGGGGAUCAGGGGAUAGAGCCAGCCACUAGAUUAAACUCAAGGUUUGCCCUGCAGACCUGGUGACCUGAGUUCAAUCCCUGAAUCUUACAAAAAGGUAAAAGGGCAGUUGUCUUUGACACAUUAGCACACAUACGCCUCCACACACUGAGAUCCAAGCUCUGAAACCAGGAACAGAGAAGAGCCACAGGAGGCUGGGAGGUUGACAAGAAUGCAAAGCAUGAUAGACAGAUAAGACUAUCUUAUCUAUAAACCUUAUUUACCAGCACAUGGGCUACUAGGGAGGUACGCACCAGCACACAGCAGACCGACCUAUAGGCCACAUGGAGGUAGGUACACAGGUCUCCAGACAGGCAGACUGGCAAAGGAAUAUGACAGCUCUCCCCUCUAACCUAAAGGCCCUAUUUAUACAGACUCACACAAAAGUGGCAUGCUGUCAGAAAUAGUUAAAUAAAUAAAAGAUUAUAUCAGUUUUCCCAGACAUCAAAGGUCUGCCUUUUUUUUUUUUUUCCCAACUUGGUCCAUGCGGCAUAUCCAUAUCAGUAUCAUGUUGUCUAAACAUAGACUGGCUUCUACAGCCCUCUAUUCCCUACACAUACACACCAUACACAUACAAAGACAGUAAAUAAAGGCUAGUGGUGGCACUGGCAGAUGCUUUCCCUGAGUAGGAAUACGAUGCUCCAAGAAAGGUUGCAUCCCUACUCUGCCAGCACAACUGGCUACCCAUCCUAGACAAGGGGCUAAGUUCUGAGACUCCACUUGUUCAUGCGGAAAAUGGGGUAAUAGAUACCUCAUGGCGUGAUUGAGAGUGUGAAGUGAGAUAAGCCAUUGACCCCGGUGCUUACAUACAGAAGAUACUUAAGGACAAUUGUGGGAGGACAGCAGUGGACAGCUGUUUACCUCACAAACCAACAGAGGGAUGCCUCACCCCAACCUGUUGGCUAAUCUUGAUGGUCAGAUUGGGAAGCAAUUCAUAAAGUGUGCUUUUACCUGUGUCUGCAAGGGCUCUUCUAAAAAAGACUAAGGAAGAGGAAGAUCCAUCUAGAAUGGGCAGCACCAUCCUGUAGGCUGGGGGUUUGGGUGAAAUAAGAAGAAGAAGGCAGGAGCAUGCCGUCACGGGCAUUCUCUCUGUGUCUCUGUCCUUCUGACUCUCUAUCUUUCUGUCUCUGUCUUUCUGUCUUUCUGUCUCCUGCUUUGCCGUCAUGAUGGGAACUCUUCUGCCCUACCACUUCUUCCCACCAUGAAGACUGAACCUAUGAAAUAAUAAAUCCUUCUAUUGCCAUC